AUGGCCGACGGGGAUCCUCCAAGCACUACUGUUGCUGCUGCGACAGAUGCUCCCAUCGCUCCAGUAGCCAUCUUCAAGAAACGAGGCGCGAAAGGCAAGGCAAAUAUUAGGAAACGUCCAGCAACACCUCCUCCUGCCAAUUCCGAUAGCGAUGACGAUGACUAUACCUCAUCUGAGGAUGAGGCAGGACAACGAGUCAAGCGGCGCAAGAAGAACACAGCCGUCGUGACAGCUUCAUCUAAAGACAACGCAGCACGUACCAAACAAGAUCACGGCGCCACUAUCUUCGAGGCCGACCGUAGCGUACCUAUUACCAGCACAAACGACGCCACUAAGCAAACCAACUGGUUCGAUGAAGACGCGAAUUUGUUAGGCAAGACACGGCCACUCCCCAAAUCAAAUGACACACCAGAAGUCACGCGACAACCCGAUGGUACCUACAAAGGCCUAGCGAAUCAGGCGAAAUACAUACAGAGAAAUCCGAAUGCACCGAAUCGGACGGUCGGGCCCAUCAAAGCCGCGACCAACAUCAGAACCAUCACGGUCACCGACUUCGCGCCCGACGUGUGCAAAGAUUAUAAGCAAACGGGCUUCUGCGGCUUCGGCGAUAACUGCAAGUUUUUACAUGCUCGUGAGGAUUACAAGCAAGGCUGGCAACUAGACCGAGAAUGGGAGAAUGUCACCAAGGGCAAGAAGAACGUCGGAGGGAAAGUGGUUGCUAGCGCGAACCGCGAUGGAAAUGCCGACGAUGAUGGCAUGGAUCCGGCCGAAGAAGCUCUGCUAGAGAAGAUUCCGUUCGCCUGCAUCAUAUGCAAGGGCCCGUACAAGGAGCCUAUAGUGACCAGAUGUCAACAUUAUUUCUGCCUACCUUGUGCUCUACAAAGGUACCGGAAAGAUCCGAGCUGUGCUGCCUGCAGCGCGGGUACGGGAGGAGUAUUCAAUACUGCCAAAACGCUGAACAAGCUGCUAGAUAAGAAGAAGGAACGACAGGCUUGGAAGAGACAAAAGGCUUUGGAGGCAGGAGAAGAACUGCCUGAAGAUGAAGAGGAUCCUAGAAACUGA